AUGUAUGACUGCUCGACCGACGAGACCCUCACCGAGACGACAGUCCAGCCAGAGUACACUGGAAUAGUGACAUUGUACGCCACAUACACCUCAGACACAAAACCGGUCUCCACUGUCGUUGCCCAAAAUGGCCGCUUGACAGUCGGCGGGCUCUCCAGCAGCCACUGCCCAAUUGAGAUCGACUUGGGGGCAUGUACUCUAUUUGGCGAAUACAACGAGGUCCGGCUUUCAACGACGAGUCUUGCCACCGUCUACGCAGACCAGCGCCUUUACAUCCAGACAGACGGCACAGUAGCUUUUUCGGAGCCAGGCGACACAGGCCGAUAUGAUGAGCUAUACGACGGACUCGGCAGUAUGAUUCUCAACGACGACGGUAUCGAUGGUACCGUGACUGCGCCGCAUGGCUUGAUAUGGCGAGCAUGCUCUUUCGUCGAUGGAACUUCUGAAAGGGUUGAGCUCCGCGCGUUGACGCCGACACUGGUGGAGCAGAUCUCCGCUGGCAAGGUUGACUGCGAAGAUGUGACAGUGCAAGCGUAUGUCAGAGACAGCGACCGGUUUCCCUUCAGCGCGUGGCAAUACCUUUGA